CGUAUGUGCAGCGUGCAUGCUAGCUCGUGCACGCACUAUAUAUAUACCUCGCUUGUUCCUUGAAUCGUUUCAGAGUUAGUUGUUCGCUGAUCUGCCACUGAACAAGCCUAAUCUACACAAUCUACUCCAGUUGCAGUAGGCAGCUAGCUAGCAGCAUUAUUAUAAUGGCGUCGGCGGCCGGCUCGAAGCAGCAGCAGGCGAUGAUGUCGUUGCCGUCGUCCCGCGGCGGCGGCGGCGGCGGGUGGACGCAGCGGCAGAACAAGCAGUUCGAGUGCGCGCUGGCGGUGUACGACAAGGAGACGCCGGACCGGUGGCACAACAUCGCCCGCUACAUGGGCGGCGCCAAGUCCGCCGACGAGGUCCGCCGCCACUUCGACCACCUCGUCGAGGACGUCUCCCGCAUCGAGUCCGGCCGCGUCCCCUUCCCCCGCUACUCCUCCUCCUCCUCCUCCCGCGGAGCCGACGACGGAAACAGAUCUAGGUACCUGAAGUAUCAGUGAUGAUCACGCUACAGAUGACUAGACGUGCAAUUCUUUUCCGCGUUCAUGAAAAAAAAACGCUACAGAUGACACAGUGAUCACGUACGCCGUGCCUCAGCGCCUUCAUGAC